AUGUUCAACUCGUUCACCACCGGCGCCCUUGCCCUGCUCGCUGGCAGCCAGCUUGCGGCCGCCCACAUGGAGAUCUCGUACCCGGCUCCCUUCCGGUCCAAGUUCAACCCCAACGCCGUCAACGUCGACUACACCAACACGGCUCCCCUCUCCGACUCGGGCUCCAACUACCCGUGCAAGGGCUACCACUCGGACUUCGGUACCGCUGCCGGCGCCCCCACCGCCCAGUUCGCUCCUGGCGGCAACUACAACUUCACCGUUGUCGGCGGCGCUCCCCACGGCGGCGGUUCGUGCCAGGUCAGCUUGAGCUACGACAAGGGCAAGACCUUCACCGUCAUCCAGUCCAUCAUCGGCGGCUGCCCUCUCGCCUCCAACUACCCCUUCACCAUCCCCUCGGAUGCCCCCGAGGGUGAGGCCAUCUGGGCCUGGACCUGGAACAACAACAUCGGCAACCGCGAGCAGUACAUGAACUGCGCCGCCGUCACCAUCGGCGGCGGUGGCAAGCGCGAGGUCCAGACCCGCGCUUCUGCUGCUUUCUCUUCCCGCCCCCAGAUCUUCGUCGCGAACAUUGGCAACGGCUGCAAGACCACUGAGGGUUCUGAUGUCCAGUACCCCGACCCGGGCCCGGAUGUCGUCAACAACGGUGGCAAGGUCGGCCCCCCCGUCGGCAACUGCGGCUCCACUGGCCCCGGUGCUGGUGCUGGUGCUGGCGCUGGCGAGGGUUCUGGAUCUGGCUCUGGCUCCGGCUCUGGCUCUGAUAACGGCAACGGCAACCAGGGUGGCGAUGCGCCGAGCUCUACCGUGCAGGCCACGGCUGCUCCCGCUCCCACCCCUUCCAAGCCUGCCCAGCUCCCUGGUGGCGUCUUCAUCACCCCUCCCGCUGCUGAGCCCACCACCCUCGUCACCCAGACCGCCGUCGCUCCUCCUGCUGCUACUGGCGGUGCUGGUUCCGGCUCCGGCUCUGGUUCCGGCUCUGGCUCGGGCUCCGGUUCGGGAUCCGGCUCCGGCUCCGGCUCUGGCAACACCGCCGGUGGCCACGCCCAGGGCACUGCCUGCACCGAGGAGGGCGCCUGGAACUGCAUCGGCGGCACCUCCUUCCAGCGCUGCGCCAGCGGCGCCUGGUCCGCCCCUCAGGCCGUCUCCGCCGGCACCGUCUGCAAGGUCGGUGAGACCGGCACCCUCUCCAUCGAGGCUGCCAGCUCCAAGCUCCGUGUCCGCCGUUUCCGCGGCGCCUCGGCCAAGGUCCGCCUCGCUCCCCAGGCCUAA